ACAAAAAAGUAUAAAAUUAUUCAAAAUUUUAAUUAGGUCUUAAUGUCCGUAUGUGCAUCAGUAUUUUUUUUGAAAUUUAAAAAUUAUUCUUUAAAUAAAUGUCAACUUCAAGAAGGGAAGAUACUAUAAGAAACUACUUUGAUGAGGAAAGCUGUACUGACGACAGUACUGGAUUUUUGUCUCCAGAUACUCAGAACGAAACUAAUGGUAAUGCUUUAAAUGCUUCUAUAUCUAAUCAUCCACUUGCUAGUAGCAGCAGACGAUCUUUGGGACGAACUCCUACGAAGUCCAGUCAAAAACCAAGACCAAAAUCAAAACAAAAACAGACCAGAUCGUCUUCUAUGCAACGAACUACAUGGUCUAAUAAAUCGCAAAAAGAAAAUGAAAUGCCUAGUCGUAGGUCGCAGCGUAUUCAGGAAAUUUCAAAUAUAUCACCCAAGCAAACUACUCAACAUUCAAGACGAAAACUACAGAAACCAAAAAAACAUGUAUUAUAUGAAAUCCGAAAAUACCAAGCCACUACAAGUAACUUAAUUCCAAAACUACCAUUUUCUAAACUUAUAAAGCAGAUAAUAGGAGAAUAUAGUGAUACAAAUAUGAGAGUAACACCAGCAGCGCUGGAAGCCAUACAAGAAUCUGCUGAAAUAUAUUUAACAGUAUUUUUCGAGGAUGCAUACAGAUGUGCUUUACAUAGAGGACGAGUUACAUUAAUAAUUAAAGAUAUGGAAUUAGUAAGAAUUUUACGAGGAGUGAAUGAUCCGGGGUAUAGAACCCCAAAUAAUUGAAGUGGAAUAAAUUUACUUUAAUAAGAGUUAUCAUACAUUUUUGUUCAUUUAUAGUUUAAAUUACAUUACGUAUUAUAUUUUGACACAGUUUUUGAAAAAAAAGAUUUUCAAUGCUUAUUGUAUCUAAUAGUUUUGUAUAAAUAUUAAAU